CAUCUGGUCGCAAGUUUCGUCUCCCCGCUCCGCUCAUCUCCCCUCGUCCGGCGGAAGCCAUUAAACCCCUCGCCCUCCUCUCUUCCCCUUCAUCCAUGCCAAGAAAUCAGGAACCCAAAAUCCCCUCUCCUCUCCCGAGCAAAAGCCCUCCGAUCCGAUCCGGCUCUCCGUAUUCCGAGUUGGCGCUGCCUCCGGCUGCCCUCCCAUUCCUUCGGCAUCACCGCCCCAGACAGUCCCCAGCUCGGACAUCGGAGAUCGCCGUGGCAACCACGCUCGUAGAGCAGGAGUGGAGUAGCCCUCGCCGCCGCAAGAGCGCGCGCUGUUGAUUUAUGUCGCCUGCUCUGCUGCUGCUCCAUGGUUCUGAGCUCCCGUUGCCACCAGCCUCCUCUUGCUCCCUUCUUCUCCAGCCUUGGCAGACGGGCGCCAAAGCCUGCGGGUUUCGCUUCAGGAUCUCGCGGUAAUUCCCCUGCUUCAUUGGUUCAUGCAAAGAUUUCCUGCUCUGUUUUAGUCUAAUCUGUUCCCCUGUUUAGUCUCGUGAAACAAGCUCUAUUAAUCUUCCAUGUAGGCGCCAAACUCUGUCUCGUUUGAAAUUAAGAGUAUUUGUUUAUGAUUACCCUUUCAUGCUUCUGUUUUCUCUCUGUCUGACGUUACUAGUUUCCUCAUCUAAGUUGUUGCUGUCGUGUUCUUCAUUUACUUGUUUUUUGCAGUCCUAGCUUCUUGUUUGUUUAAUGUAAGCGUCAAAGUUUUGUCUUUUCCCCUUCCCCAAAGAAUGAAAUUAAUGAUUUCUUGUCAUCUUACAGUUGCAAAUAUGAUGGUUGCCAUGGCACAGCUAAUAAAUUCUUCCCAUGUCAAUGCAGUAAUUUUGUGCUUCUUCAGUUUAGUCACAUUAAUUUUUCUUCUGAACCAAAUUUGGGGAUACCCAUGUAACAAUGUUUGUCUGGUUGAACGGUGAUUGGUUUGGAUGCACAACAGUUCCAUAUUCUAAUAGUAAUCGAAAAGUUUCCUUUAGUAAUGUACAUUGGUUUCAGAUUUGGAAUUGGGGUGAAGUACUCUGGGUUCCUGCAUUUAUAUCUUUGCUUUCUACUUUGCCGCACCUGAGGCAGUAAGGGUUCAAGAAUCCCCCAAACCACAAUAAAUCCCGGUUUGGUCUGGGCGGAUUGAGUUCGGCAGCCAUCCUCCUUUAAUUUCAAACAGUCAGCCAGAAUUCUGAUUUCUAAGGCAUCUUCGACAAAGAAACCAGAUCUUCCUAUCUCCAGUUUUGAUUCUGAUUUGUGAGAUUCUGUGUUGCAGUUAUAGCGCAGACCAGGAGUCUUUCUCCUGAUCUUGUCUAAACAUUUUACUCGAUUGCAGUUUAAGGGGGAAGAAUACUUCAGUAGUAUCUGGAUCUUACUUAGAAUCUGGAAGUUGCGCUACAAGAUGAUAACCUCUAUGCGGAAGGUUCGCAUUUUCUGCUGUGAUCCGGAUGCCACCGACUCCUCUGAUGAUGAAGAUGAUCAGGCCAAGAAGGAAAAGAAAAUGACAAGGGAGGUGCUAGUUCCGGUGGACUCUAGAACCUCAAAACCUGCAGAGACCCUCGUGCCAUGUGGGACAAAGGAUCUGAAGGGUCCAGAGAAGAAGGAACCAUCGAGCAGGUACCGUGGUGUGCGCCGGCGGCCCUGGGGUCGGUGGGCAGCGGAGAUUCGCGACCCUGUGAGAAAGACCCGGAAGUGGAUCGGCACAUAUAACACCGAGGAGGCCGCAGCUGCGGCAUAUCAGGCAUAUGCGAAGCAGUUCCGCGCAGAGGUGUUGGCCAUGAAAGCUCAACCGUCAGUGUCAAAACGUGCAGCUUUGUCCAGCUCGUCUUUGGUGUCCUGUGUAUCUUCGUCUGUGUCAUGCCAGCAGAAGGCGCAAGAAGUGCAGAACGAAGAAUUCAUGGAGAUAGACCCUGAGCCCAUGGAUGAAAGUUUACUGGACUUCUCCCCCACAGCUAAGGAGAUUUCAGUGGAUACUUUGCUAGGCCGGAUAGAUGAGCUUCCUGUCUGUGACUCUGUGAGCCUGGCUGAUGAACUCCCAAUCGAUGAUUUCAGCAGGCUGGAAGAUGUGUUCCAAAUCAGCGAUUUUUUUAUGGACGCAACACACGAGCCUUCGGAUGAUGACUACAUUGGCCUGGCUGACAUUAGCCACCUGCCUCUUCCAAUCAAGGACCCGGAGUUCGACCUGGAUGCGGAGCUUGAUUGGAAUGGGUUCGACUUUGCUUCAAUGGAACAUGAACUCGAGGUCCUUUGAGGCUUCAUCAGAGAUGUGUUCUACUGAAACCGGCUCUUGGUGGUGUUGUAUUCUGUGGAAACCGGCUUUUCAGGACUGCAUUGUCUGAAUGCUACAAUGAAUUCAGAUUUCUGUCUAUCCACAGACAGAUUGCUGGGCGCAUGUGGGUGGAGUCUGGGGAUUACUGGACUCUAAAUUUUGUCGGAAAUUGUACAGUUCCUAGAGUAAUUUGUCUUCGUGUGCUAAUAUGUAACAAGCUUAAAGUAAUAUGUACAUAUUCUAAUUUCAGAUCUGCCAUCAGCUCGUGCUGAUACACCAUUUGUGCUUGUCUGCAGGCUACAGCCCAUUUGGUUGUGCAUAGUUUGAGCAAAUGGAACUGUGUUCUCAAUAAUAGUUAGCAAUGCUGAGGAAGUA